GCCCCAGCCCCAUGUCCCUCCACCUCUGCUCCCCAGAGCCUUCCCCUGCUCUGUUUCCUGCUCACUGUGGAAACCACCCCAAAAGUCCAGUGCCAGAGGCAUGGAAACGUGCCACACUCCCAAAGGACACCUGGAGAAAGACCAAGGAGCUCCAAGAUGUCGGGGAGAGGAGCGCCGUGUUUGCGCUGCCGAGGGCUGUGCACGGGCUUCGAGCCCCACUCCUGGAGGAAGAUCUGCAAGUCGUGCAAGUGCAGCCAGGAGGAGCACGGGCUGAGCUCGGAGCUGGACGAGGACCGCAAGGUCGGGGGGCUGCUCUCGGGCUCGCGCUACGCGGCGCUCACGGCGCGCCCCAAGGGCGGCGACGGCGCCCGCAUCUACAAGAGGAACCGCAUGAUCGUCACCAACCCCAACAUCUCGGGCAAGGACCCCACCUUCGACACCAUCACCUACGAGUGGGCCCCGCCAGGGCUCACCCAGAAGCUGGCCAUGCAGUACAUGGAGCUGGUGCCCCCGGAGCUGCAGCCCGUGGCGGGCACGGAGGGCGCGUUCCAUCGCCGGCGGCGCCUGGCGCGGCAGCUCCCGCUGCACGACCAGGACCCGGCCCAGUGCCGCGGGCUCAGCGAGGGAGAGCAGCCCCUGAUGGAGGAGUUCGUCAGGAAGUACAAGGCUGAGGCGCUGGGGGUCGGGGAGGUGGCACUGCCGGGCCAGGGCGGCGGCGGCGGGAAGGAGGAGGAGAAGCGCCAGGACAAGAGCACGGAGCCCAGCAGAGCCCCCGAGUCACCCAACGGGGCCCUGGAGAGCACAGCGGGCACCGGGCACUACCUCUGUGACUCCUGCCAUCAGCCCGUGCCCGGGGACUGCCCCGUGGUCUAUGCCGACCGUGCUGGCUACUCGCGGCAGUGGCACCCGGGCUGCUUCGUGUGCUGCCGCUGCUCCGAGCCCCUCGUGGACCUCAUCUACUUCUGGAAGAGCGGGGCAGCCUGGUGUGGGCGGCACUACUGCGAGAGCCUGCGGCCCCGCUGCGCCGGCUGCGACGAGAUCAUCUUCUCGGAGGACUACCAGCAGGUGGAAGGGCUGGCCUGGCACAACAAGCACUUUGCCUGCCUGGAGUGUGAGACGCUGCUGCUGGGCAAACCCUUUGCCCUGGCCAAUGCCAGCCUGCUGUGCACCACCUGCAGCCAGAGCCGGGUCUGAGCAGGGCCCUGGGCUCCCCGAGCUCCCACCAGCACUGGGGGCGAUUGGAAACACAGCAGAAGGGGAAGGUUAAACAGUUCAAGAGUCUGACUAUUCACUUGCAAGCAGCUCUGUGUCCCCUUGCAUCCAGCACAGCCCAAGGGAAGCAUUUCCUCAGCUCCUCUGGGUGUGACAGAGCCCUUGUGCCAGGGUGCCUGGCAGGAGGAACUGCAGAGGAGGGCUGGGCUGGGCUGGUUUCUGUCAACUCUGUCCAACCUUCUUAUGACUAAGGUCUUGCAAUCGUCCUUUGGAAAUAACACAUCUCAGCAGUAACUUCUGGUGUACUAAACCUACAGUUGUGGUCAAAAACAA